AAACACGUAGUUGAUGGCGACUGUGGAGAAACCGACUGCAGGAAGAAAAGAAGAGACGAACUCACAGUAUUUCCUUUUUGAAUAUUCUUUAUCGACAGCUGAUUGUGCUGACAAAUCACAGGAUGCGUGGAAAACACUGAGGUUUAUUAAGUUUUUGCAUCCUUUGUGUUUUAUUUGCUUGACUCACGUAUUAAAUCAUGUUUAUACAGUUUUAUCUAAAUAAGAAGAGAACGCUAGCUGAGCCCUGCUGCUAGCUGAGCCCUGCUGCUAGCUGGGUUAGCCUCCGCGCAGCAGUAGCUGACGCUCAGGCGUUAAACGCGGGUUUCUGGAGGUACAGCUGGGCUGAGGAGACUCACGGGGGCAGUGACGCGUCAGCUGCAAACAAAGAGGAAGAAGAAGAAGAAGAAGAAGAAAAGGUCACAGAGGCUCCUGCAGGUCAUCUGUGCUGCUGGUCCCUGUUCCCUGACUACAGGCAGCAGAGCCUGUUCUAACAGGUCCAGUCCAGAUCAGUCCAGACUGGUUCGGGUGGAGUUCAGUGGCAGCCAUGCUGCGUCCUCUGAGGAUUCUCCUCUCUGCUACAAAAUGUCCUCCGACCCGCCGCCACUGCAGCUUCGUCUCCAGGACGAGGUAUGUGAACAGGUUGAAGGAGGAUGAUGCAUCGUGUGUUGCAGCGCUGCAGAACGGUCGCAUUUUCCUGUUCCACCGCCUGUCUCCUCUGCUGCACCGUACCGACAGAGGAACCCUCAGACCAGCAGCAUUCAUCAGCUCAGAUGUGCAGGCGAUCCUGGAGAGACUCGGUUCAGACGGAUCCCUGCUGAAGGAGUCAGUUCUGAUUGGAUGUUCUGAACAGAACCAGGCUCAGUUCUGUUUGGACAUUGGAGAACUGGAUCAGGCAGCAGCAGAAGAAGAGUGUAAAGGAAACUUUGUUGACCUGAGGAAGGCGUUCUUUCUGCUGACGGGAGCAGAGGGGCCUCUAGUGGCCAAGGGUCAGGCUCUGCUGCGCUGGCAUCAGACCAGCAGGUUCUGCAGUGCUACGGGUCAACCGACCCUCCGCAACCAGGCCGGGAGUCAGAGACUCUGCAGCAGCAGCGGCAUCGUCUACUAUCCAAAGAUGUCUCCGGUGGUGAUCGUCCUGGUGUCUGAUGGGAAACGGUGUUUGUUGGGUCGCCAGUCGUCAUUCCCUCGGGGGAUGUACAGCGCUCUGGCCGGUUUCUGUGACAUGGGUGAGUCUCUGGAGGAGGCUCUGUGCAGGGAGGUAGCGGAGGAGGUGGGUUUGGAGGUUCAGAGCAUCUCCUACAGCUCCUCACAGCACUGGCCUUUCCCUCACAGCUCUUUCAUGCUGGGCUGCCACGCUUCUGUUAGUCCUGCCCACACUCAGUUGAACGUGGACCAUACAGAGCUGGAGGACGCUCGCUGGUUCAGUCUGGAGGAAAUCACCUCUGCCCUGCAGGUGAAGACUCCGCCCAGGCGAGCCGACCCCCCCGUCACCUGGCUUCCCCCGAAACAUGCCAUCGCCAACCGCCUUAUCAGGGAGUGGAUGGACCAGCAGGGACGCCACAGGGACGGAGAGUAAAGUCCAAACUCUGAGGAGCAGAUAACAUGUCCAGAGAGCUCAGAUUUCACCCACCCACAGAAAUCGAUUCAUAUGAACCACCAGGUCCAAAAACUAGCCGUGAGUCCAUGGAGGAAAAGUGCUGAACUUCACAGAAUCCCUCUGAAGGGCGCUGUCAGAGUCUCAGCUGGGUCAGACCUGAACACAUGAUUCAGUGUGACCUCACUUCCUGGGGAUAUCAUCAUCUCUGAGGUCCAUCCUGCAGAACUUCAUUCAGAAUCCUGCUGUUUUUAAGUUUCCCUCAGUUUCACAGUGAUCCAGUGAGAGGAGUCUGUCCAUCCAUGGUUCACUGCGGACAGGAGCUGAUCACAGCUGAUUCAGCUGCUGUUACUGGGACAGUUGGACUGAAUGGACACAGAUACAGGAUAAAAACAGGGAUUGAGCUGCAGCCCAGAGCUGAAUCCAUGGAAGCACUGUGCUUCCUGGUUACAUCCCCCAGAGCAUUAUAGGAACCGUAGUUUCAAAACCAAGAACAAACAGAAAGAAGACAAAGAAUUAUAAGAGUCAAACAGCAUCAGUGUGUAUAUUUAGUGAAGCUCAGGAACGUGUCCGCUGCUUUUAUUCCUUCACCUCACACAGGAUACGAACAGAUCUGUGGUCAGUUUAACACGUGUCACCUCUGUGUUUCCAAAGGGAAAGUUAAUGUUUGCUGCCCUCUGAUCUGAUCUGUGCAAACUCUGACUGGAAUAAUUCACUUUUAAUAACAUUUUACAGUGAAACAGAAAGCUGCCUCUGAACAUGCUGCUGCACAGGUGGAACAGAUUCACACAGAACAAUGUGUGGGUUUCCUGCGUGAUCACUGAAGGUCAGUGAAGACACGCUAACUUCAGGCGUGUUGAUCAGUGAGCACAGUUCCUGACUAAUGAAGCUGAAAUUACAAUAAAAUCAUGAAAAUAUCAAAGACACUAAAAUGAUAUUG